GAUAGGGGUCAGCGGUUGGUAUGUUACCGUGUGUUUUGGGUGAAAUGGUAUGAAGAAGAGAAAAGAAAAGUAAUAUCGUAAAUUCAUCCAUCCUUGUACACGCACGAUCCAACCCACCUCACAUAGAUUCCUUUCCAAACUCAAUUCCAUUCGUCGAUAACCAAACAAUGUCUCACACGCCACAAACCCUAGAUUCCGACGAGGUAGCUCCUCCCACCGCCACCGCCACCGCCACCCAAACCCCCGAUGCCCCCCCCUCCACCCUCCUCCACCUCUCCUUCAACCAGGACUCCGGCUGCUUCGCCGCCGCCACCGACCACGGCUUCCGCAUCUACAACUGCGACCCCUUCCGCGAGAUCUUCCGCCGCGACUUCGGCCCCGGCGGCGGCGUGGGCCUGGUCCACAUGCUCUUCCGCUGCAACAUCCUGGCCUUCGUGGGCGGCGGCUCCGACCCCCGGUACCCGCCGAACAAGGUGAUGAUCUGGGACGACCACCAGUCCCGGUGCAUCGGCGAGCUCUCCUUCCGGUCGGAGGUGAAGGGCGUCCGUCUCCGGCGCGACCGCAUCGUGGUGGUCCUGGCCCACAAGAUCUUCGUGUACAAUUUCGCCGAUCUCAAGGUGCUUCACCAAAUUGAGACUAUUGCUAACCCUAAGGGCCUCUGCGACCUCUCUCACGUUUCCGCCACCAUGGUGUUGGUGUGCCCUGGCCUGCAGAAGGGCCAGGUUAGGGUUGAGCACUACGCCUCCAAGAGGACCAAGUUCAUCAUGGCUCAUGAUUCCCGAAUUGCCUCCUUCGCCCUCACUCACGAUGGACGCUUGCUCGCCACCGCCAGCUCCAAGGGCACCCUCGUUAGGCUCUUCAACACCCUCGAUGGUUCCUUGCUCCAAGAGGUACGGAGGGGUGCAGACAGAGCAGAGAUAUACAGCCUUGCUUUCUCUCCCACUGCACAGUGGCUGGCUGUCUCAAGUGACAAGGGGACCGUUCAUGUUUUCAACCUAAAGGUUGAUUCUGGACUGUUGGGGCAUGACAGAUCGCAUGGUACUUCUGAGCCUAAUGCGGCUAGCCCCACUGCAGUUUCGUCUCUUUCAUUUAUUAAAGGUGUGCUACCUAAGUAUUUUAGCUCAGAGUGGUCUGUAGCUCAAUUUCGCUUGCAAGAAGGUUUGCAGUAUAUUGUUGCAUUUGGCCAUCAAAAGAAUACAAUUGUAAUACUUGGCAUGGAUGGCAGCUUCUAUCGAUGUCAGUUUGAUUCUGCGAACGGAGGAGAGAUGACCCAACUUGAACAUUACAACUUCCUAAAGCCAGAAGAGACAUUCUAGUUUAGUAUGGAUGCAUCAUGUAUAUAUAUAUUCAGUGGCACUUUCUGUGAAUACUAUUUGAAUUUUCUGUUUACCAUGUUAUUUAUUUUUAACGUUUAAACUGUAAAUAUGAGUAUUGCUAAAUCCACUAAUGCUGUCAUAUUUACUCUGUUGGCUUGUAUAUAUUAUAAAUCUGAAUGAAUUGUCGGCAGCAUUCACGCUUGAA